UUGUCCUUUUCACUUUCUUCUCCUCUGACUUUGUUCUUCGUAUAUAAAUACUACACGUAUAUAAAUACUACACAAACCUUUGCGAGUUCUUUUCAAAAAAUCUGGGUUAAAAUAAACGGAGCCAGAAUCAAUGGCCACCGCGGCUAUAUUCUCAUCUCUGCGGCGGAGGAGAUCCCCAUCACUAGAAGCCUUUUUAUCCCCCGUCGACCUCUCCGGCAUCGCUCUCGUCCAAACCCUAUCUUCCAUCUCCUCAGACCUCGUCUCUUCUUUCGCCGCUACACGUUUCUCCUUCCAACGCAGAAACUCCCGUUCUCUGAUUCGUAAAAUCGAAACCUUCUUCGUAUUAUUCGAGUUCCUCGCCUCCGGAUCACGCUCCACCUCUUCUUCUUUCACCACGACGACACUGCUGUGUCUGAAGGAACUUUAUCUUCUCAUCUACAGGUCAAAGAUCCUCCUCGAGUACGUCGCUCAGUCCAGUAACUUAUGGCUGUUGCUCCAAAACCCUUCCAUAUCUGGCUACUUCCAUGAUCUCAACCAAGAGAUCUCGACUCUCCUCGAUGUCUUCCCUGUCAACGAUCUCAACCUCACCGACGACAUCAGAGAACAAAUCGAGUUGUUACAGAGACAAUCCUUGAAAUCGAGGUUGCACAUAGAUAACAACGACGAGUCCUUACGCGAAACGUUCUACUCCUUUCUCGAAUCCUUCCAAAACGGUGAGAUUCCGAGUCCAACCGCUAUGAGAACCUUCUUCGUAGAGAGGUUAGGGUUUAGAGAUUCUAACUCUUACAUAACCGAAAUCGAGUUCUUGGAAGAACAGAUUGCGAAUCACGACGGAGAGUUAGAGCCGGCGAGUUCGGUUAUCAACGGUUUCGUAGCGGUUACAAGAUACUCUAGGUUUCUGUUAUUCGGAUUCGAGGAAGAAUGGAGGAUCGAGAAACAUCCAAAGGUUGAUGAAGGAGACACGAUCGUAACUUCAGUUCCGAGAGAUUUCGUCUGUCCGAUCUCUCUCGACCUGAUGACGGAUCCCGUGAUUGUUUCCACAGGUCAGACUUACGAGAGAGCCUCCAUCGCCAGGUGGAUCGAGGAAGGACACUGUACUUGUCCCAAAACAGGACAAACGCUCCUCGUGGGCUCUCGUAUCGUCCCUAACCGAGCUCUCAAGAACUUGAUCGUGCAGUGGUGCGCAGCGAGCGGCGUAGCUUGCGAGUCUGAGUUCGUUAACGAGGGUGGUUUCGUGUCGCCGCCGACGAAAGCUGCUGUUGAAGCUAACAAAGCGACUGUUUCGAUACUCGUUCAGUUUCUAGCGGAUGGAUCGUCUGAAGAAGCUCAAACGGUUGCGGCGAGGGAGAUUCGGCUUUUGGCAAAAACCGGGAAGGAUAACCGGGCUUUUAUAGCCGAGGCAGGUGCGAUACCGCACCUGCGUCGGCUUCUGGAGUCGGAGAAUGCUAUAGCGCAGGAGAACUCUGUGACGGCGAUGCUUAACCUCUCGAUACACGAGAAGAACAAGAGUAUGAUCAUGGAGGAGGAAGAUUGUUUGGAGUGUAUAGUAAACGUUCUCGUCUCCGGCAUCACGGUGGAAGCGCAGGAGAACGCGGCGGCCACGUUGUUCAGUCUCUCCGCGGUGCACGAGUACAAGAAACGGAUAGCGUUUACUGAUCAUUGCGUCGAGGCUUUGUCUUCGCUGCUUAGGAGCGGGACGCCGAGAGGGAUGAAAGACGCGGUUACGGCCUUGUACAACUUAUCAACGCACCCUGAUAACUGCGGUAGAAUGAUCGAAGGAGGAGGCGUGCGGAGUCUCGUGGGAGCGCUGGAGAACGACGUCGUUUCUGAGGAGGCGGCAGGAGCUUUGGCUCUGUUGGUGAGGCAGUCUCUAGGAGCUGAGGCAAUAGGGAAAGAGGAAGGGGCUGUGACGGGGCUCAUGGGGAUGAUGAGAUGCGGGACUCCGAGAGGGAAAGAGAACGCGGUGGCUGCGUUGCUUGAGCUUUGUAGAAGCGGUGGAGCAGCCGCGGCGGAGAAAGUGUUGAGAGCACCGGCCAUUGCCGGGUUGCUGCAGACGCUUUUGUUCACCGGGACGAAGCGGGCUAGAAGGAAGGCUGCUUCGCUUGCUAGGGUUUAUCAGAGGCGGGAACAUGCGGCGAUGAGGUCAGGCGGGUAUGGGGUUUUAGGGAAUGUGAACGAGAAUAGAGACGCCGGCAGUUUUACGACGGAUGUCUCUGUUCCGAUGUCGAUCUCUGUAUUGUGAUCUUAUGUGUUGAUUGUUUGUUUUGUUUAUAUUAUAAUACAUUUACUAGA